CCUGUUGCUGUGGUAAUGCUGCAUGUUCCCUCUGCUGCAAAUGUUGCCCCAAGAUCAAGCAGUCAACCAGCACCCGCUUUAUGUAUGCCCUAUACUUCAUCCUGGUAACUCUCAUCUGUUGUGUCAUGAUGUCGCAAACAGUAGCAAAAGAAAUGAAGCAUAUUAGCUUUUAUGACACGAUAUGCCAACAUAUACAGGCCGGUGACAGUUGUGAGAAGCUGGUGGGCUACUCCGCAGUGUAUCGAGUGUGUUUCGGAAUGGCCUGCUUCUUCUUCAUCUUCUUCUUGUUCACAAUCAGGAUCAACAACAGCAACAGCUGCCGUGCAUACAUCCACAAUGGAUUUUGGUUGAUUAAACUUCUUGUCUUGGCAGCCAUGUGCUCAGGAGCCUUUUUCAUUCCAGACCAGGAUACCUUUCUUAAUGCUUGGCGCUAUGUAGGUGCUGGGGGAGGGUUCCUCUUCAUCCUUAUUCAGCUUAUCCUGCUUGUAGAAUUUGCUCACAAGUGGAACAAAAACUGGACAUCUGGCACAAAGCACAAUAAGGUCUGGUACGGCUCCCUAGCUCUCGUCACUCUCGUAUUGUAUUCUGUCACGGUUGGAGCUCUGUUUGUGAUGGCUAUCUUUUACACACGCGUGAACGGCUGUAAUUUUAAUAAGAUUCUGCUCGGCGUCAACGGUGGCCUGUGCAUGCUUAUUUCCAUGGUAGCCAUCUCACCCUGCGUCCAAGACCGUAACCCGCAUUCUGGUUUAUUGCAAUCGAGUGUUAUCAGCUGCUAUGUCAUGUAUCUUACCUUUUCUGCACUCUCGAGCAAGCCAGCAGAAACAAUUGUAGAUGAGAAUAAUAAGACCAUCACAAUCUGUGUACCUGAAUUUAACCAUGGGCUUCAAACGGAUGAAAAUUUGGUGACUGGGUUAGGAACUACCCUCCUAUUCUGUUGCAUUUUAUAUUCUUGUUUGACCUCGACCACACGUGCAAGUUCCGAAGCACUGCGAGGAAUAUACGCAACGCCGGAAACUGAAGUAGCACGCUGCUGCUUCUGCUGUUCUCCAGAUGAAGAAACUGAUGUGGAUGAGCGCGUUGGAAGAAGGGGUGGCCAAAGAGUUGUUUAUGAUGAAAAGAAGGGCACCGUAUACAGCUAUGCCUAUUUCCACUUUGUUUUCUUCCUGGCUUCUCUCUAUGUGAUGAUGACUGUUACCCACUGGUUCCAUUAUGAAAGUGCUGCAAUCGAGAAAUUAUUUGCUGGAACAUGGUCCAUAUUCUGGAUUAAGAUGGCUUCAUGUUGGGUGUGUGUCCUUCUCUACCUAUGGACUCUUCUGGCUCCUCUCUGCUGCCCUACCAGAGAAUAUUUAGUGUGAAAUUUCAUCUCAGUGUGGCUUUGGGUAUAGAAAAAUAAAUCUGUCUAUUGGCUACCCUAACAAUACUGCAGGGUAUUGCGUUCUCUCAGAUGAAACUA